CGGCCAAUGUCGUCAUAGUUGCGCGACAGCAGCAGCAUAAACAAGCAGCACGACAGGCUCUGUAGUUUCUUUAAACGUUUUCUGGUUUAAAACAAAUGUCUUGUGAUGUCUUCUUGUCCUAGAAGGCAACUGUAAGUUAGUGAUAUUUUAAUCUUUAUGAAUGUAUUAGUUUUGUGUGCGGCAGAUUUGUUAUGAGCCGAAUAGGAAGAUGUUUAUGCCUCGAUCAGUAAAGGUUAAGAGAGCUUCUGACAGUCAGAUAACCCCUGAGGUGAAGAAAAGCAAAGGAAACUUGGAUGACACUGCAACUGUUUCAGAUGCUACAGAGUCACAGGGUGUGGAUAAAUGUUUGCCACUGAAAACUGAAGAGAAACCAGACGAAUCGCAUAAAGACGACACGUUAUUACAAAGCGAAGAGUUGGUAAGAAAUGAGACAGAGGUGACUGAAGAGGUGCAGGAAGAGGAGGAUCCUGUAAAAUCGUUCAAGAAAAGCCAGAGAUGGCCAAACCCAGGAGAACCUGUCUGUGUCAUGUGCGGCCGUUAUGGCGAGUACAUCUGCGACAACACUGACAAUGAUGUGUGCAGUCUGGAGUGCAAGGCGAGUCACUUGGCCAGUAUGUGCAUGGGACUUACAGAAAAAGUCUUCUCUAAAAUAAAGGAAGAGGGUACAGGCAUCUCUCCAUCAACAACACUUACUGACCCGACUUCAAACACUGCUGGACUCGGUUACUGCUAUCAAGAGGAUGCCUUCAUAACAGAUCUGACUGAAGACCAGGUUGAAAGGGUGAAGAAAGAAUUGGGAAUUGUUACAGAAGGCCAGGAUGUCCCCAGGCCCAUCAUUGAAUUUGAGCACUGCCGCUUUCCUGAAGCACUCAAGGUGAACUUGAAGAAGGCUGGCUACGAGGCCCCGACUCCUGUCCAAAUGCAGAUGGUUCCUGUAGGUUUGGCUGGGAGAGAUGUGAUUGCCACAGCUGACACAGGAUCUGGAAAAACUAUUGCCUUCCUGCUUCCAGUGGUGGUUCGUUGUUUGGAGAAAGAAGCAGGUUCUUUACCCAGUCCUGUGAGUGUGAUUCUGACUCCAACCCGGGAGCUGGCUAUCCAAAUCGAGACACAGGUAAAGGAGCUGAUUAUAGGCCUGCCUAACAUGAGGACUGCACUACUGGUUGGAGGGAUGCCUCUACCCCCUCAGCUACAUCGGCUCAAACAGAAAAUUAAGAUUGUGAUCGCCACUCCGGGACGUCUCAUCGAGAUUCUGAAACAAAAGGCUGUCCAGCUUGACUGUGUAAGGGUCAUGGUUGUUGAUGAGGCUGACACCAUGCUGAAGAUGGGAUUCCAACAACAAGUGCUGGAGAUUUUGGAGCACAUCCCUGACGACCAUCAGACUUUGCUCACGUCUGCCACGAUACCUGCAGGAACGGAGCUGCUAACAUCUCGUCUGACCAGCGAUCCCGUGCGCAUUACAGUCGGCCAGAAGAAUCAACCCUGCGCUAACGUUCGCCAGAUCGUUGUCUGGGUAGAGGAGCCAUCGAAGAAGAAGAAGCUGUUUGAGAUUCUGAAUGAUGGAAAACUCUACCAGCCUCCUGUGGUGGUGUUUGUGGACUGCAAACUUGGCGCUGACCUCUUAUGUGAGGCUGUACACAAAGUUCUGGGUUUAAAUACCAUAGCCAUUCACUCUGACAAGACACAGUGGGAGCGCAACAAAAUCCUCAAGGGUCUGCUCGAGGGCCAGUAUGAUGUGGUGGUUAGUACAGGUGUACUGGGGAGAGGACUGGAUCUGGUCAACGUCAAGCUGGUGGUGAAUUUCGAUAUGCCAACAAACAUGGAUGAGUAUGUUCAUCAGAUUGGUAGAGCAGGAAGACUCGGGCACAGAGGAACGGCAAUCACCUUCAUGAACAACAACAAUAAACGUUUGUUUCUGGAGAUAGUGGAGAGAGUAAAGCCGACUGGCUCCCAGCUUCCACCGCAACUCCUCAACUCCCCACAUCUACACGAUCAGCAAAGAAGAGCCAGAAAAAGUCUUAAACCAGGAGGUGAUAUUGUGACCAAGAGCAAUAUCAUUGACAUUAUUAAAAGGCAUGACAGGAGCCAUUUUAAGAAGUAAUGUUGUAUUUUUUUUUUAUACAAGAUAGAUAUAUAUAUAUAUACACAAUGUUAAUUU